AAGCUUGUCCAAAGUCACUCUUUGGUGUUGUCACAGUAAUUCAGUUUUGCUUUUGUCUUUGGUUCGAGAGUUGGUGUGAUAACUUUGAUUCACAGUUGAUUGGUGAAUAUGACAGAGUCGCCAGCAAUCAUCAAUUCGGAAUGCAACAACAAUGGAGCAGAGGAACAGGUGGCUGUUGAGUCCAGAAAUUUAAUGUUAACCUAUUUUGAUGAAGGUAAAACUACUACAGUUUUGGACAAGUUCAACAUUAAAAUACCAAAAGGUUGUGUCUAUGCACUUAUUGGUCCAUCUGGUAGCGGUAAGACAACUUACCUGCGAUCCCUUAUUGGUUUGAAGAUCCUUGACGCAGGUGAAACUCGACUCUUUGGCCUGACUUUGGGCCAUCCAUUGCUUGAUAUUCCUGGUUGUGGGUUGGGUUACAUGCCACAGGAUACGGCUUUAAAUGACAAUUUGACCAUUUCUGAGAUUAUCAACUAUUUUGGUGCUUUGUAUAGGAUUCCAAACAAAGAGUGUAAAGCCAAAGCAAAAGUGUUGUGUCAACGCUUAGGCCUUCCAGAAGAGUCUCGCUCCAUAGGUCAACUAAGUGGUGGACAAAAACGAAGAGUUUCAUUCAUCUGCACUCUUAUCCAUAAACCAAGGUUAAUGAUUCUCGAUGAGCCAACAGUUGGUUGCGAUCCAAUAGUUAUUGAAGUCAUGUGGCAGUGUAUCCUUGAAAUAGCUCGAUCCUUUGGAACUACAGUUAUUGUUACAACCCAUUAUCUGGAAGAGGCCAGGAAGACGGACAUGAUUGGCUUCAUGAGAAAAGGACAUUUACUCGCCCAAGGAAGUCCAGCCAAGAUUAUGAAUCUUUACAAGGUUUCAAGCAUUGAAAAGGCCUUUGCUAUAAUGGUUAAGCAAGAUAAAAUUAGAAGAAGCAUAACUCCUCCUAGUGGUACUUUAGGCACUAUUAAAGAAAAUAAAACAACACUGGAACCUUCAAAAUCACCUUUUUCAUCAAAUAACACUUUUAGAUUGAAAACUUACCUCCAGAUUUUCUUAGCUGUUUUACAUCGAGUCCUCUUAAUCUACAUAAAAAGUAAAACUUAUCUUAUCGCAACAACCCUUUUGACAUUGACUUUGAUCAGCCUAUCAGCUAUUUGCUUUGGUCCAACACCUCACAAUCUUGAUAUUGGUUUUAUCAACAAUGAGUCGCCAGUUGAAUAUAGUCAUUCAUUUAUCCAUUCAAUUAACACUCACAUAAUAAACUUGGUUGAAUACAACGAUACAGGUGAAGCUGAAGAUGAUAUGAAGGCUGGUAAGAUCCGUGCUUACUUGACAAUUUCACUAGAUUACACUGAAAAGAUGAUAUCAAAGUUGACAUUUAGCCAAGGAUCGAGCAAAAUCAAUGCUAGCCUUGCUUCAAGGCGGUUAGUAACUCUUUACCAGUUAAAAGCUGAUAUGCAUUCAGUGACAAUUGUACAUUAUCUCACCAAGGCUUUGAAUGCAUCUGCUUGGCGUAUUAGUCGUCAUGUCCUUCACCAUCCAAUGUUAGCUCAGUCGCCCAUCCUGAAUGUCGACCCGAUAGCUGAGCCUGAACUUGAAGAAGAUCAAUACAAUUCUCGCAAUUACUUCAUCCAAGUGUUCACGAUGCACUGGUCCUUCUUUGUCUUCCUUUAUCUGUCAAUUUCCACAUUUCAUGAUGAUAUAACUACUCCAUUGUAUGAACGAAGCAUAUCUGCUGGUUCAACACCAACCCAAUUCAUAUUGAGUCACCUUAUUUCUUCCCUUCUCCUACCUUCGCUCAUCAGUUUACCCGUCAUGAUUUGUAUUAUUGACAUUUUCCAUGCAACAGCUAAAGGUUCACUUUUUCUCACCUGGUUCAUCUAUUUGGUAAACAUUGUUUCAGCCAUUGUAACUGCCUUCUUGAUGGCGACCAUGAAACUUGAUAUGUUCAUUGUCCUUUGUUGUGCCUCUGCUUAUGAUUUUUUGUCCAUCUUUUGCGGUGCUGGUAAUAUUUCAGCAGACGCAUUGCCAUACUUUAUGAAGCCUUUAACAUGGGUAUUUCCAAAUAAGCACAAUAAUGAGGCAAUGAUUCGUGUCAUGGUCCAUGGCGAUGGAUUGGAAUCACCAUUGGUUUACAAAACUGUAAUUUAUAAUUUGAGUUACAUUCUUUUGAUUCUUUAUAUAUUGAGAUUGAUCCUUUCUUGAAAUGAAAUAAAUGAAAAUACAGUAAUGGGCA